AAAUAUGGUUUAUAAUUAAUAAUAUCUUUAAGACCCAAAGAAAUAGUCAUUCCUCUUUUUCUUAAGCAAUAUGGUUGCAGGGGGUGCAGCUGGUGCUACAUCUUUAAUUGUUGUUUAUCCACUUGACUUUGCUAGAACAAGAUUGGCAACAGAUAUUGGUAAAUAGGCUGAUCGACAAUUUAUUGGUUUGACAGAUUGUUUGAGCAAAAUUUAUAAGUCUGAUGGUUUCAUUGGAUUAUAUAGAGGAUUUGGAGUUACAAUUUUUGGUGUAAUGUUUUAUAGGGCAAUAUAUUUUGGUGCUUAUGACACUGCUUUAAAAACGUUUGAUUUGCCAAAUCAUAUAUUUUAUAAAUUUCUUUUAGCUUAAUUUGUUACAUGUACAGCAGGAGUCAUUUCAUAUCCUUUAGAUACAAUUAGAAGAAGAAUGAUGAUGUAAUCAGGUAUUUCUUUAUCAUUAUCUAUUAAUUAGGAAGAGCUGAUAUUCUUUAUAAAAAUAGUAUUCAAUGUUGUUAUAAAAUUAUAAAGAAUGAAGGAAUAAGAGGAUUGUUUAAAGGAUUUUUAUUAGAAUUCACUUCUAAAUUAGGAUUCUCAUUAAUGUUAGCUUUAUACUCUAAUAUAUAAUAAUUUUCUACCUUAAAUUGA